UCUGCAGCUCUUACAUAAGGGUUUGAACUCCUGAAUAGUUGGCAACAAACUACUGAAGGAAAGGACAGAAUAAAUAAAAGAGGGAGAAAUAGAGAAAAAAUAAAGAGGGGAAGGGGAGUAGCACAAGCAAAUAUUUAAUUACGGAAAGAGAGGGAGAGAGAAAGAGAAACCUCAAAUAUCAUAAAUCUUUAAGUUAAUUUCGGAUUUGAUUCGAAUAGCAAAACAAAACUCUGGCUUGAAAGAAUUUAAACCGGAGGUGAACUUUGGAAGGAGCAUGCUGCCAGUGUCCCACAGCCUCCUAGUGUCUGUCACAGUCCUGCUGUAGCUGCCUCCUACCAUGCUACUAUCUCUGGAUUGUCUGGACCUGAAGAGCUGCCUGCUUGUGAUCUUUCUGUUCCUACUGCUGGUGGACUUCCUGAAGCACAGAAACCCACCUGAGUUCCCUCCUGGACCAUGGCCUCUACCUUUCCUGGGAAAUGUCUUCAUUGGGUUUGGCUACCAGGACAUCGACAAGGUUGCUGAACAGUUCGGCAAUAUUUUCAGCCUUCGGUGGGGUGGGGAGAAGGUGGUGUUUGUGUCUGGGUACAAGAUGGUGAAGGAUGUUUUGAUGACUCAGGGAGAUAACUUUUUAGACCGACCUGCAUCCCCUCUCUUUAGUGAUGUUUUCAAAGACUGUGGAAUCUCUGUAAGUAAUGGAUACAGAUGGAGGAGGCAACGGCAGUUCUUGGUGGCCCACCUAAAACACUUUGGUGAGGGGAAGAGAACCCUGGAGCUUCAUGUGCAGCAGGAGUGUAGCUUCCUGUGUCAGGCCUUCCAACAGGAAAUGGGAGGGCCCUUCAACCCCCAACUCAUAAUAAACAGUGCUGCUGCAAACGGCAUUGGAUUCUUGGUGUUUGGAAAGCGAUUUGACUACAACGCUACAGACUUCCAGAACCGUCUGCGACUGAGCAAGGAGUCCAUGCUAUUGAUAGGCAACCCUCUGGUUCAGCUGUAUGAUGUAUUUCCAUGGCUGUUCAAGCGUUUGCCUGGGCUGCGUUCUGGUCCCCAUGUGACGAUUCUUUCCAACUAUGCAAAGAUUGUGCCAUUCCUGAGAAAAGAAAUAGAGAAACAUAAGAAGGACUGGGAUCCCUUUGAUCACCGGGACUACAUUGACUCCUACAUCGGCGAAAUAGACAAGAAGAGGGACAUCGAGGCUGGGUUCCAUUCAGAGAACUUGGUGUACUGCAGUCUGGACUUGUUUGAGGCUGGAACAGAGACCAUCACCAACACUUUACGUUGGGCUCUGCUCUACAUGUUGAAGUACCCUGAUGUUCAGGAGAAUGUCCAGGAGGAGAUCAAAAGUGUGAUUGGCCAGUCUCGCCAGCCCUGCCUUGCUGAUAGGGUGAGCAUGCCCUACACAGACGCUGUGAUCCACGAGACACAGAGAAUGGCCAACAUACUGCCUCUCAAUAUCAGGAUGUCAAGCAAAGAUGCUACCAUGGGGGGAUAUUUCAUACCCAAGGGCACUAAAGUGAUAGUCAACCUCUCCUCAGUGUUACGUGACCAGUUAGAAUGGGAGACGGCAGACCACUUCAACCCACAACACUUCCUGGACGUGCAUGGUCACUUCCGGAAAAGAGAGGCUUUUUUCCCAUUUUCUGCAGGAAAGAGGGCUUGUCUGGGGCAGUCGCUGGCCCGCAUGGAGCUCUUCCUCUUUUUCACCUCCCUCCUCCAGAGGUUCACCAUCUCUUCAUCCCCUGGAGAGGAACCACCAAGCCUGGAGCCCCAGGGAGUGGCCAUCCAGUCCCCUAAACCCUUCACUAUCUGUGCCUCCACAUGGUGAUGGAUCACCACCACUUUAGUUCCGUUUUGGAGAAGAAGAGGAAUACAUUUUAUUGUCCAUUUUCCUACAGUCCAUAUGGAAAUCUGUCUUUUUGCUUUUAACCCUACCCCCUCCCAAGUCAAACACACACACCCUCGAGGGGUUGGAAGCACAGGGUCAGCCAUGGUGCAGCGCCACUGGAGAAGUUUCAGGUUAAGGGCACAACGGCAGUUUGUAUGAUACACUGACUUACUGAGCACUGUCUGCAUGCUUAACAUAAUGCAUACACAGUAUUAUAGUUACAGUGCCCCCACUUUCUUAAAGGUCCAAUGCAGCCAUUUUUAUCUCAAUAUCAACUAAUUUCUGGGUAACAAUUAAGUACCUUACUGUGAUUUUUUGUUUUCAAUUAAAAUGGUGAAAAAUAAACAUAGCUCCUUAGCAAAUAGCAAUUUCUCAAGCAAGAAUUUUGCUGUUAUUGGCAGAGAGGUUCUCUUAUUCUCUUUCUUAUUGGUCUAUUAACUAAUUUACUGAAUGGUGAUGUCACCAUGGAAAGCCAAAACUCUCUCCCACCAAAACAGGCUGAAAUUUCAGGCGGUCUUUUCAAACAGCUCUCACACUAAAAGGGCAUUAUCAUAAUUUUCACAAUAUCAUCCCAACAUACAUAAAUCACAUUAUUGACUGCAAUGGGCCUUUAAUAGUUUAAUUCAGGGGCGCAAAUUUCACUGGGAACAGCUUCAAUGUGCCCACAUUCUGAAAUUACAUUUUUGUUCCCCCAGUUUUAUCAUUGGAAUGUGAUACAAAAUGAGGCAACGGUGUGUUUUAGGACCAUGCGGAUGCCUCCGAGCGGUCGGAUAGACUUUUUGGAGUGUUUAUCCGACUGGAUAAAAAAUAUAAUAAAAAAAAGUUGUCCCCCCCACUUCUAAAACCAAAGUUGCGCCCCUGGUUUAAGUAAUUUGUACUUUGAACCUAACCCUUCUAGCAUUUUGAAAAUAUCCAGUCUUACAGCAUUGUUUGAUUAAAGUCACAAUUCUGUACAACAGAA